UAUCAGGGUUGAGAGAAGAUUGGAGGGUAGAGGAGAGGAACUACUUCUCCUGUGUCCAGUAGAACCUGGAGAUCAAGUCUCCAACACACUCUGGAAAUGUCGGGGAUGCUUUGGUUCAUCUCAGUUCAAGGAAAUAUCGGUUGCUACACAGGAGGGAAUUCUGAAAAAUCCUCUCUUCAUACAAUCCAGGUUUCAAGUAGUGAGAGAACAGUCGAGUUACAAUUUAAAAAUUCAAGGAGUUGAAAGUAUAGAUUCUGGUGAAUAUUUCUGUUUAGUGAAUAACAGCACAGUGCCCCGUCUUCGAUAUAAUUUAGCAGUUCAAGAUGUAACCUCCCCUCCGGGCCAACCCUUAAUUAUGGCAUUCGAUUCAAGGAGUGUUUUACUAUCCUGGAUUCCUCCUUCUAAUUUGAACUUUGCUCCUGUUAAUCAUUAUAUUGUGCAAAUAAAACAGGGAGAAUCUUUAGAAUGGACUGAAUUCAAUUCAGUUAGCACACAGAAUGCAGAACCUGACUAUAAAGUGGAGAAUCUGAUUCCCUUUACAGUUUACUCAUUCAGAAUAUCAGCUGUAAACAGGAUAGGAAUCUCGGAUCCUAGUCCACCGUCAUAUUUCAUGAUGACCGGCAGAGAACUACCGACAGGUAAACCAAAGAUAGAAGUUGCAUCAUCCCUCACUUAUCAUUCCAUCUUUGUUUCUUGGUCACCACCUCCCCAGGAAUUGAUUAAUGGAGAGUUUAUGGGAUACCGUGUCUCUUGGAAACCAAGGAAUGGGAUAUCCUUAAAUCAAACAGAACUCAGGGAUUAUUUACAAACACAGAUUACUCUUGUUUCCUUACUUCCGGAUACUUACUACCUUAUAUUCAUUCAGGUUUUAAACCUAGUUGGGGUGGGACCUAGUGCUACUGCAGUAAUAAAAACACUCAAACAAGUCCCUGGUCCCCCAGUAAACAUAUCCAUAUCUAAUAUUCACGAUAUAGGGUUCUCUAUAUCCUGGAGUGCCGCUGAACCUGAAGAAGACCUGGAUCUAGGCCCUGUUGACGAUGUUCAAGGAUACAGGGUCUACUACACAGGUGGAGGAUUCAGUAGGGUGGACACAGUGGUCUCCACUUUAACCUUUACUAUACACAAUAUUCUAGCUUUAGUUCCGUACACGGUGUACAGUGUACAUGUGAGGGGAUAUAAUAAAAGGGGUGAGAGCCGACCUUCUAUAGUUAUGCAGGUGUUGACCGAUGUAUCUGGACCAGGUUCUCCUGUGAUAACAAAUGUUUCCUGUGAAUCUGAAUCAUCUUUACGUUUGUUUUGGAGGAAACCAAAGAGAUAUCAGCGAUCUGUAGAUGUUUACAAAAUCUUUUAUAAACCGAGAGAGAGUGUAGAGGGUUGGAACCUUUAUGAAUUAAGUUUUCUUAAUUUUACAACAGAUGUCUCUGCUCUUCAGGAGCUUCAGGUCUCCUUGCACAAUCUAACAGAGUUUACAGAGUACACGCUACUCGUUCAGGGAUAUUCUAGAAGUUUGUACAGAGUAGAAACACUUUAUCCAGGGUUGGCAUCUGAACCCCUUCAUGUUGUGACAGGGAAGAGUUGCACUGGCGUCCAGGUUGCUCCAAUACAAGAGGGGGAGGAAGAGAACUCUGGAUCUACUCUUCUCACUGCCUGUAUCCUUGGAACCAUUCUUGCAAUCUCGAUCUUUAUUGUUCUAUCAAUAGCACUAGCUUUCAGAAAAGGUAAUAGAGCAUCUAGAGGAGAGUCUUCUGGUUCAAAUCCUAAGUCUGGAGCAGGUUCAACUCCGAAACAUGGAGUUUACGAUAAGACCUGGAGAAGACAGCCAAACCUGAAGAGAAGCGGGAGUAUGCUUAGUUCAGAAACCCUGGAGCAACUUCAAUCUCUUCAGCCUCCACAGUCUCCUGAUGGACCUCAUGUUUAUCAAGUACAGAGUCCACAAUCCAUCAGGUUGGCCCAGUAUCCUCGAGGAGACUAUCAUCAGUACCUGGAGUACAAGGAACAGUUAUACAACCAGGAGAAUGUAGAUGAUAGACCUGAGAGUGUUUGCAGUAACGAGUUUAUGAUAAUUCCUCUACACUUUUCAGCAACUAAAGAAUCUCAUCUCUGUUCUCCAGUUACCCCUGUAAGCCCACCAGGUCCUUUAGAUCAUAGAGAUCUUGUUCGUUCUAUAGAUUCUCCAGGUCCAGUGUGUCCUAUAGAUUCUCCAGGUCCUCUAUGUUCCAUAAAGAAUUGUGAGGAGGGGAGUGGUACCUGCAGCAACUCUGGUUCCUUCCCUAGUACAGAGGAGAAGGUUGGAGUAGAUAUCCUGUAUCCCUGGAGUACAGGGGAUUAUACACCUGGAGAAACUAGAUCCAACCAGAAACCAUCAGAACUUCAACCUAGCAUGAAGGGAUUGAAGAUAUGUGCACACUGUGCUUUAAACCAUUAAUUAUUAUCUGAAGAAAACAGCCAUAUACUGGGUUAAAUAUAAUGACGAUUUUACAGAUAUUUCAGGGUGUCGUGCAGUUCACAUUUAAGAGCUAGACCAAUAUUCCUGAUAAACAUGUGUUAGAGACCAACUGAUACUUUAAGCUUUAAAAAUCUAUAUGUGAAUAAAUAAGUUUUUUUUCUCCCUAAUUUAAAACAACAUUUUGUUAAUUUAAUGUUAAUUGUAAAUUUCAUCAGAUCAUAAUAAACAGCAUCGAUGAUC